GAGAAUGUCACAGGCGAUUGGGAACACGGCGCUGGCAUAUGCGCGGGUGUGGCACCACGUAGACGCGUCCGAGCGCGUGCUCGGAAAGCUCGCAGAGCGCAUUGCGCUGGUGCUCAUGGGCAAGCACAAGCCCAUAUACGACCCGGGCGUCGACUGCGGCGACUAUGUUAUCGUCACCAAUGCUAGGAAUGUGGUUGUUACUGGCAACAAGGCAAAGCAGCUCGUCUACCGAAGCCAUUCCAUGUACCCCGGUGCGCUCAAGGAGACGCCGUACGAGCGCAUGAUGGCGAAGAAUCCGGACCAUGUCAUACGCCACGCUGUCUCGGGCAUGUUGCCAAAGAACAGGCUUCGCGACCGCCGCCUUGAGCGCCUCUAUGUCUUUCCCCGCGAACACAUGGGCGUCCUUGGAUCCAAUAUCCUUCGGUCAUGGGAAGACGGCUCUCUGACCACCUACGAUCCACAUACUCCCAUCACGGCAGACACCCUUCGCGCAUUCCGUACGCAGUAGACACGAUCUAAUUCAUCCCCUCCUCCCCUGUCCAACUGCAUGAACUUGCGUGCCACCUUA